AUCACCGCCAUCGCACCACUGCUACCCCACCAUCAGUGCUAUCCCACCAUCACCGCUAUCCCACCACUGCUAUCCCAUCAUCACCGCCAUCGCACCACUGCUACCCCACCAUCAGUGCUAUCCCACCAUCACCGCUAACCCACCACUGCUAUCCCACCGUCACUGCUAUCCCACCGUCACCGCUACCCCACCAUCACCGCUAUCCCACCAUCACUGAUAUCCCACUGUCACCGCUACCCGGCCAUCCAACCACUGCUAAUCCACUGUCACUGAUAUCCCACCGUCCCCACUAUACCACCACCACCAACCAACCACUGCUACCCCACCGUCAUAGCUAUUCCUCCAUCAUCACUACCCCACCACUGCUAUAACACAGCCAUCGCUACCCCACCUCCAUCACUAUCCCACCACCACCGUGGGCUUUCCUAUACAGGUGUGUGGUGCAGAGCCAGUAAAGAGGCAGAAGAAUCCCGGGGCUGCUGGCCAGUCAGAAUCCUGGUGGAGAGUACUGAAGUGAUUGCUGGAAGGUCCUCAAAGUCAGUCACCCCACCAGGGAAGCCAGGAGCAGACCAACCCUGCAGACCUUCAUCAUGAACAUGUUGGGGAUUAUCUCCGGCUGUCCUUGAGAGGAUGUUGGGUGAGGAGAACCUUACGACGACUGAAUCGUUAGAGGACUGCCUGGAAAAAAUCGAGUGGAUAAAGUUUCUGUUUUUGAGGUGACAUUCGGCAAGCGUUUUGGCUCGUAUACUCCGGGAAGGGUGAAGGUCCAGAGACACCUAACAUGACCUCAGAAAGGAAAGAAAAUAUUUGUAUAGACUAUAUUAUUCUCCCAUUACCAAACUUUCUAAAAAGUUCUUUCUAUGACCCUUGGUAGAGUUGUACAACCUCUGAGUUCCCUCUUACAUUACCAAUACAGGUCCUCUUCUGACAUUCAUAGCGACCGUAUGUUCUGCCAAGUGGGACAGACUUGAUAAGUGUUGACCAUGAACUCAAGAUGAACGCUAGUGACCAACCUAUGGGAGAUGGAGAGGCCGCCCCUCCGGGUCUCUGCGCCUUCAAAGGCUUCAACCUCAGCUGCGUCCACCCCAAUGGUUUUGAGAAACCGCAUGGACCCAAUAUAACUUUCCUUAAUGAAGAUCACUUUGUGCUUCCCACCUUCUCCACCGCUGCCAAGAUCCGAGUGGCCAUCACUUGCGUCCUCUUCAUUUCCUCCGCCUGUUUUAACAUGGCCACUCUAUGGACCAUCACCUAUAAGUACCGAAAGAAAUCGCACAUCCGCAUCCUCAUCAUCAACCUGGUGGCAGCCGAUCUGCUGAUCACCUUCGUGGUGAUGCCGCUGGAUGCGGUGUGGAACGUCACCAUCCAGUGGUAUGCCGGCGAUGUGGCCUGCAGGAUUCUCAUGUUCCUCAAGUUGGUGGCCAUGUACUCUUCGGCCUUUGUUACCGUGGUGAUCAGCCUUGACCGGCACGCCGCCAUCUUGAACCCGCUGGGCAUAGGAGAUGCGAAAAAGAAGAACAAGGCCAUGUUGUCCGUAGCCUGGACACUUAGUCUACUCUUGGCUACUCCACAGCUGUUUGUGUUCCACACGGUGAGCCGGUCACAGCCAGUCCACUUCGUCCAAUGUGCCACGGUGGGCAGCUUCAAGGCCCACUGGUUGGAGACCCUGUACAACAUGUUCACCUUCUGCUGCCUCUUCCUUCUCCCGCUCCUUAUCAUGGUCUUCUGCUACGGAAAAAUCCUGGUGGAGAUCUCCCGCAAGAUGAAGAAGGCUGAAGCCUCCUCCAGAGAAGUCAACCUCCGGCGCUCCUACAACAACAUCCCGCGGGCUCGGAUGAGGACUUUCAAGAUGUCGCUGGUCAUCGUCUUGACGUUCAUCGUGUGCUGGACUCCGUACUACCUCCUGGGGAUCUGGUACUGGUUCUCCCCGGAGAUGCUGACCAGUCGAAGGGUUCCUCCGUCCCUCAGCCACAUCCUCUUCCUCUUUGGCCUUUUCAACACGUGCCUCGACCCCAUCAUCUACGGCCUCUUCACCAUCCACUUCCGCCGGGAAAUACGGCGCGUCUGCAGGUGCGCCACUCAGGGAAAGGAUGCCGACGCCACCUCGCUGGGCACCGGGUCCUUCCGCGUCUCCACAGCCGCCGUGCCCUUGAAGAGGUCGGCGGGGGUUUCGGGAGGCUCCUGUAAGUUCGACCUGGAGGUGACUGGAGUGGGCCUCCAUUCAGGGAAAUGCGAACACUGUAAGCGCCAAAUCGUAGAGAGCUUUAUGUGAAGGAGCGGGCCCCCUCGGCGGCAAAAAUUUAAAGAACAAACUCAAAGCUUCUUUUUCAGGGUAUUGUGGUUGUCUUGUUGAUCCCGAAUGUUGUGUUUUUUUGGUAGAACAGAGGUUCUAAUCCCUCGUCACUCCAUCCAAAAACAGAAAAUUUAUAUUAGCUUUAGUUACAUUUUAAAGGGUGCUGUGAUGUUUUCAGGAAGCUAUGUACAGCACCCCGAUGGCCCCUCCUACCAUGGGGGAGCACCUUUUUUUUCCAGAUUUCACGGCAUCAAAAGUGGUAAAAAAAAAACGGCCCAAUUGGUGAAAUUACCAAGAAAAUUAAUUAUACGAAAGGACAAAAAGUCUUAAUACGUGGGUGAAGAGAUUCUACAAAAACUGAUAUGGUUGGGCGAUUGUCUUUUUCAUCGAAUUACAGUUCAAAAGCAAAAGUCGAUCGCCUAGGGCGGCUCCAUAAAUGUGAUUAUUUCUGGUGAUAGCAAUCAAGAGUUACCGAGCUAAUGGUUUUAUAACGAGACCCAUAAGAGACGAGGGGGAAGGCUGGGGCUGCCUGAGAGGGGGGGUGGGCAGCGCCCUCUUGUGGUCACGGACAAGACUUGUUAUUGUCCUUCUACAAGACGUUUUGUUGUGUUUGUAGCCGGAUACCAUUAAAUUCUGAUUUUAUUA